UCAUUUUGGGAUCUAUUUUGAUGCGGACCUAGAGCUCACAUAAAGCCAAUGGAACAGCACAAAGAUUCAGUGAUGGAUGGGUCAGAGAUCGAUACAUUGGAAGCUGACAAGCAUUUUGACGAGGGUCUUAAUCUACCGAUUGCCAAAUCACAGAUUGAAUUCUCUACGAAUUCUUUAUACGGCAAAGAGCAUAGAAGAAGGCAGCCGCCGAACGAAAUGAGGGUAAUCAAAGACAUAUUGGCUGUUCAAUCCAAAACAGUGAGUAAGAUCAAAAAUUCUUACAAAAUGGAGGAUUUCGAUAAAAAUGUAUACUACCUAAUCUCCAGUGAAUGGAUGAAAUCUUGGAGGAAUGUCAAAAACUCUGGAAGCUAUCACCUGCCUGAAGCUUCCUUCUCUAACAAGCCUCUCUCCAAGAAGGAUAAAAUAAACAUCAGAUAGACUACUACAUAGUUCCAGCAGGUAGCUUAUGGGAAAAAUUCUGGAAAUACUUUAGCUGUGAUGUAGUUUGCAAAUUCGUUCAGUCCCAAAACAUUGAUGAGCACCCAUAUACUAUUUCCAGAGCUAGUUCCCAAGUUGGAAUGUCUAGAGGUAGUGACCACGAGGUCGAGAACAUCCUCAAGGGGAAGGAUUAUAAAGUUAUGCACAAGGUCUAUGACUCCUAUGAUACUACGAGUGAGCCCAAACUUAUCUGGCUUGAUGAUCAUUAAAAAUAGAGUUAUAAGAAGCAAUAUGAAAGACUCCAGCCUAUAUAAUUUCAGCAGAAAGACUAUUCAAUAUUAUGCC